AUGGCCAAUGAUAAUAUUAACUUUCAUUUUAUUCCGUCAUAUACUCCUCACUUCGGUGGUCUCUGGGAGGUGGGAGUCAAAUCGACAAAAUAUCAUUUGCUUAGAGUGUUGGGCAAUUGUCACUUAACGUAUGAAGAACUUUACACCACGUUGACCCAGAUCGAAGCAAUCCUGAACUCCCGGCCACUCACUCCACUAUCUUCAGAUCCUGCAGAUUGUACGCCCCUCACUCCGGGACAUUUUUUAAUUGGGCGUACGCUGACUUCUUUGCCGCAACCGGACUACCAGCAUCAAUCCACUCCGUUAUUAAACAGAUUCCAACGCAUUGAGCAACUGCGUCAGCAUUUUUGGGAACGAUGGAGCGAGGAGUACGUCUCAGAACUUCAACAAAGAGUGAAAUGGCGUUCUUGCAAAGAUAGCUUAAAGAUAAACGAUUUGGUGGUAGUCAAGGAGGACAACCUUCCACCGUUGAAAUGGAAGCUGGGAAGAGUCGUUGCAAUUCACCCAGGAGCCGAUGGUAUUGUUCGAGUUGCAGACAUCAGAACUUCUACUGGGAUUAUCAAGAGGGCAUUUAACCGGAUUUGCCCAUUGCCGGUGUCAUUUAAUUCUGGUUGA